AGUUCCAUUGGUCUAGGCUGUCCCGGCGUUUCGUCUCCCCAACUAAGUUUUGUUGGUCAACGGCUCCACUCACAAUUCAUCUGGGUCUUCUUCCUUACUUUUCUCUCUUAGACUGUUCUGCGAUUCGUUUGUUCGCCUUUUUAUGCCACCAACCAACCUUUUUCUCUCUGUCCAAACACUAUCCUUCACUAUACAUGUUUAUCUUCAUUUUCUCUUUGCCACCUUGCUUGUGUGGUAGAAAUUGACGUAUGAGUGUUUCUUCUUUCUUCUGGGUUUGAUCAAGAUCAGCAGAGUGACUGAAACAGAGAGAGAAAGAGAGAGAAAAUGUUGUCGGGGAUUAGAAUUUUGGGGAUUAUACUACUCACUGCAGGAUUUCUUGAGUUAAAAUACUACCCAGUUCAAGGCCAACCAUAUAGGAUUCUACUGGACACAGAUGUUGAUACAGAUGAUUUCUUUGCUCUCUUGUACCUCCUCAAGCUUAACAGAUCAGAAUUUGAGUUGCAGGCGGUCACUAUCAGCACGAAUGCAUGGACUGAUGCCGGACACGCUGUUAAUCAAUUAUACGACAUGCUUUACAUGAUGGGCCGAGACGAUAUUGCAGUUGGAGUGGGAGGUGAAGGUGGGAUAAAAGCAGAUGGUAAAAUUCUAAGAAAUGUCGGUGGAUAUCUUCCUAUAAUUGAACAGGGGAUGACGACAGCCGGAGGCUGUAGAUACAGGCAAGCAAUUCCCGUAGGUCUCGGAGGACGAUUAGAUGUUGAUACGAACUAUGGCCUUCGAAAAGCAUUCCUUCCACAGGGUAGCAGGAGAUACUCUCCUCUCCGACCUACUGCACAACAAGUGAUGAUUGACACAGUAUCAGCUGAUCCGGUAACUGUCUUGCUCACUGGAGCUCACACAAAUUUCGCCAUUUUCCUAAUGAGUAAUCCACAAUUAAAGAAGAAUGUUAAGCAUAUAUACAUUAUGGGAGGCGGUGUGAGGUCUAAAAAUCCAACUGGCUGUUGCCCUCCAAAUGCCACCAGUUCUUGCCAGCCUAGACAGUGUGGUGACCAUGGCAAUCUCUUCACAGACUAUAAGAGUAAUCCUUAUGCAGAGUUCAACUUCUUCGGUGAUCCUUUUGCUUCUUACCAGGUUUUCCAUUCUGGGAUUCCCAUCACGCUUGUUCCCCUCGAUGCAACGAAUACAAUCCCGAUAAAUGCUAAGUUCUUCAAGGAAUUCGAGCAGAACCAGUAUACAUAUGAGGCACAAUACUGCUUUCAGUCAUUGAAAAUGGCACGGGACACUUGGUUUGAUGACCAUUUCUAUACAAGCUACUUCAUGUGGGAUUCUUUCACAUCUGGUGUAGCAGUCUCAAUCAUGCGUAAUUCGGGUUAUAAGAGUAAUGGGGAAAAUGAAUUUGCUGAAAUGGAAUUCAUGAAUAUAACUGUAGUUACUUCAAAUGAGCCUUACGGAAUCUCAAAUGGCUCAAACCUGUUCUUUGAUGGCCGUAAAGUUCCAAAGUUCAACUUAAAAAAAGGAGGAGUUCAUAGUGGUCAUGUACAAAAAGGGCUAAGAGAUCCAUUUUGCAUUGUGGAGAAUGGGAAAGGGAGAUGCAAGGAUGGUUUUACGGAAGAGGUAGAUGGUCUGGAGGGGGUACGUGUUCUUGUUGCAACAAAAGCAAAACCCAACAAGGAUAUUGAAAGUGAGCUUGAUAGAGAAUUUUUCAAAAGCUUCUUAGAUAUUCUAAAUCUCCCUCAACAAGCUGGAAGGUUUAAUCUGUCAACACAGUUUCCUUACUACAAAGAAGUGUUCCACAAAGCAAAUUUCGGAACGAGAAUUCCGGGGAAACCUUUCAUAUUCGACAUGGAUAUGAGUGUUGGAGAUUUCCUAGCACUGUUCUAUCUCCUGAAAGUGCCAGUUGAAGUAAUUGACCUUCAGGCAAUAUUAGUGACUCCGACCGGAUGGGCUAAUCCUGCUACAAUAGAUGUAAUCUACGAUUUGCUGCAUAUGAUGGGUCGCGACGACAUCCCUGUUGGUCUCGGAGAAAUGUUCGCGAUGCAACAAUCUGACUCAGAUUUCCCAGGUGUUGGAAACUGCAAGUACCUUAAGGCCAUCCCACAAGGGAGUGGUGGACUUCUGGACUCAGACACUCUUUACGGGCUGGCUCGUGACUUGCCAAGAAGUCCUAGAAGGUAUACUGCGGAAAACUCUGUGAAGUUUGGUGCUCCUCGGGAUACUGAUCACCCGGAACUCAGGCAACCUUUAGCAAUGGAAAUUUGGGAUUCUGUUGUGGGAAAUAUGAAUCAAGGAUCUAAGAUUUCAAUACUGACCAAUGGACCCUUGACUAAUUUAGCAAGGAUCAUUUUGGAUAGGACAAAUUUGACCUCUCUAAUUCAGGUAAUGAAGAAUAUAAUUAUAUCUUACAGUUCCAGAAAAUGAAGGCUAACCAGAUAUAU